CCCCACCUGUUCCUCUCAUCCACCCCCUCCAACUACCGCGUCUCUCCAGCACUCGAGCCUCUCAGACGAUUCAGAAGUGGAGAACAUUAUGCAAGACCCUCACCACGAAGGUGGGCAUGGCCACCACCACCACCAGCACCAUGACCACAAGCACCACCAUCACCAUGAUGGCCCUGAGCCUCAUGAUGUAGAUGCAGACAGGGAAGCUGAGGGCGAAGACCGCCCCCACACCCCGUCUUAUUUGCGGCCCCCCGUGGCGGGUAGGGCGCAGUCGGAUUCAGGUUUGGACCCCAGUUUGCCGCAGAGCAGGAGUGUGGAGUUCGACUUGUCGUCCUCUGUCAGCUCCUCCAGGCCCAAGAGCCCCUGGGGUCGAUUUGACCCUUACGACAAUAAUGAGGACCAGGACAAGGAAUACGUGGGUUUUGCAACGUUGCCAAACCAGGUUCAUCGCAAGUCAGUCAAGAAGGGCUUUGACUUCACGCUCAUGGUGGCAGGGGAGUCUGGCCUGGGAAAGUCCACUCUGGUCAACAGUCUGUUUCUCACAGAUCUUUACAAAGAUAGGAAGCUGCUCAAUGCUGAAGAGCGAAUCACACAAACAGUAGAAAUCACCAAACACACAGUGGAUAUAGAAGAGAAAGGUGUCAAACUGAAGCUCACCAUUGUGGACACCCCUGGGUUUGGAGAUGCUGUAAACAACACUGAAUGCUGGAAGUCAGUGGCUGACUACAUCGACCAGCAGUUCGAGCAGUACUUCAGGGACGAGAGCGGCCUCAACCGCAAGAACAUCCAGGACAACCGCGUACACUGCUGCCUCUAUUUCAUCUCACCCUUCGGCCAUGGCCUUCGGCCUUUGGAUGUGGAAUUCAUGAAAGCUCUGCAUGAGAAGGUUAACAUUGUCCCUGUUUUGGCCAAAGCUGACACACUCACCCCGACUGAAGUCAAGAAAAAGAAAAUCAAGAUCAGAGAGGAGAUUGAGCAGUACGGUAUCAAGAUAUACCAGUUCCCUGACUGCGACUCCGACGAAGACGAGGAAUUCAAGCAGCAGGACCUCGAGCUGAAGGAAAGCAUUCCCUUUGCAGUAAUUGGCAGCAACACGGUGGUGGAGGCCAAAGGGAAGAGAGUGAGGGGCCGUCUGUACCCGUGGGGCAUCGUAGAAGUGGAGAAUUCAGCACACUGUGAUUUUGUGAAGCUGAGGAACAUGCUCGUUCGCACUCAUAUGCAAGAUCUCAAAGACGUGACCCGUGAGACUCACUACGAGAACUACAGAGCCCAGUGCAUCCAGAGCAUGACCCGCAUGGUCGUGAAGGAACGUAACCGCAAUAAACUAACCAGGGAGAGUGGCACAGACUUCCCCAUCCCUGUGGUGCCAGGAGUGGCCGACAGCGAGACAGAAAAGCUCAUCCGAGAGAAAGAUGAGGAGUUGCGGCGGAUGCAGGAGAUGCUGCAAAGGAUCCAGGAUCAAAUGCACACUCAGAAAGACGCCUAUUAACACAGGACACCAGUCACACUGUGUACAUGUCUCUCUUUCACUGGGAUUUAAAACACACACACACACACACACACACAGGAAAUCUUUAUUCCUUCUCUAGAACAAUGACAUCCCUACGUGUCCACCCAACCACUGCUCAACCUCAUCAGCAGCACGUUACACAUGAUCAGGGACCUGCGAGGAGGUGGUAAGAUGAUCUGACGUUUGCAGCUUAACAACUCCCUUUAUCCUCUCCAGAGAUCUCGGACAUUAAUGGCUCCACCGCUGCAAAACACUCAACCCUCCUUCACUCCACUGUUUUCUGUUCUGUCAAAAGUAUAAAAUAACUAAAGAAAUGGACAGGUUUGGUGUUUGUUUGAAUUUAUUGAUGUCUAGUUUGAGGGUUAGUUCACGUAUCUCAACUUUAUUUAGCCACAUGAUCACAGGGUUGUUGUUUUAUUUUAUAUUACAUGAGGUCUAUAUGAGGUUUACAUCUAAGUAACUGGUGACCUGCACAGAUUUUUUUUACAAGCACGCUUUUCUGGCGCAAGUGUUUAUUUUUAUUAUCCUUAUCAGUCAACGAUGCAUAUGUACUGUCAUAAUUUAAUUUUCUAUUUUACACUCAUAAACAUUUUUUCUACUGUUUUUCAUCUUUUACUGUAUGUGUUCCUGGUUUUAUUUAACUGCUUCUUACAACACUGCUUGAUAUUAAUGUAUGGAUGAUUGUUUAAUGUAUCAGUUGCUGUUUUGUUGUUUCAUUUAAAUUUUGUUUUAUCAGCGUCUGCAUGUUUAUCUCAGCUGCCUGACAGCAUGGAUGUUAGCAGCUCUGUUCAACAUCAGUCACUCUUAACUCACAUAAGAAACUUCCCUUUACUAAUUGCCAUAUCAACAUUUAAAAUAAUCCAACUUUUUAUUUUUAUUUUUUUUAAUGAGAGAGAAGUCCCUUACUUUUAUUUGAAGAAUUCCCCAGUGCAUCUCAUUCGUGGCUGUAUCAUGACAGAACCAUCAACAGGUCACAUGUGAGAGCUGAUGUGGUAAGAGAUGAUCAGGACUUUGAUAAGACAAGACCCUUGUUUUGCAUGAUAUGAGUGUCCAAGGGAAGGGUCGCAUCAGAGGCCAUGCAGUGUACUUAUUUUUGCAUGUGUUUUGUGAAGGUUACUCAGAUUGCAGAUCAAUGUAGUGAUCAUAAGGUUAUUUAUGGGCAAUGAAAAUAUGUAGCUACUCAACUGUUGGGGAAGAUAUAUUGAGAAGAGAUAUAUUAUUAUUAUUUUGGUUGGUUAUAUUGAUGUCCUCAAGGCAACUCACAUGUUGGAUGUUUGCUAACCUUAAUGUUUCCUGUCUUAUAACCAAAGCCAACAAUGACAAACUUAAUUAUUCUAAAUUUUCCUUUUCAAAGUGUGAGUAUUGUUUCGUAUUGACAUGAGGAAUAUUGUUUUGGAAUAACUUAUCAAAGCCAAGAGUAAUGAUCAGAAUCAGUGAAUGAACUUGAUUCUCUUGCUUAUUGUUUCUUUGCUCCAAGUACCAGUGAAAAAAAAAAAAAAAUAGUUGACUCUGCCCUGUUGUGUGACCUUUGUUUAAAAAAAAAAUCAAAAAACAUUCCUUGAGCUUCUGUCCCAGAGUCAGGUAUUACUUUUUCUUUAUUUUUUCUUAAUUUGUUUGUUUUAUAUUACAUUUGUCUUUUGUUAUUCUACUUUUUGGAGUAUAUUUAUGUAAUAAAUUUAUAAAUGAAAUGCAGAUGGAGAGGACAAUAUGUACAAAUUCUAAUAUUGUAAUAAAAUAUGAAUAGAAUUUCA